AGACAAAUUGCCACUAAGAUUCGCUAAUUAGCCAACAACGACGCGUCAAACUUCAACCUCCUCCAACUGCAAGCUUCACGCCCCCACCAAGAUCGACCUCCAACAGCCAGCACAACCUUAGAAUCAAAAGCCCAGAAAACACCCACAAUGGCUCGCCGCGGCCGCCGCAAGCGUUUCUCAACCGGCCGCACCCGCCGACCGAGACCUGACUCCCCCGCCCCAUCCGAUAACUCCCAACCCACCGCCUCCUCCUCCUCAUCCUUCGCAUCCUCCCCGCCCCCGCCCCCCUUCUACAACACCACAUUCACAACCCACCGCGUCUCCCCGCUCCACCUCGGCGCCAACCCGCUCACGGCCGCCCGCCUCCGCGCCCUCGCCAACCGCCUCCGAGACGUCGUCGUCGGCGACGUCGUCCGCGGCGUCGAGGUCGGUCUCGAAGGCGCCGGCGACGACGAUGCGGCGGCGGCAAUGCCCCGCGCCGGCGCGCUGGAGCUCGUCGAUAUCCGCUGGGUCGCGGUUGGGGCGGUGUUGGGCGGCGGCCUCGACGACGAUGCGGAUACCGACGGCGCCGGGGGCGGGAGGAGGAGGAGGUCGCCUAGUCGGGAGUUGGGGAAUGAUGCGAGGGAGGCGGAGGUGGUGGGCUGGCAUGGGCAUGGACUCGGGCGGCUUGCACGCGCGAGGGCGCUGCAUGUGGAGCUGCGGUAUGAGAAUUCGCUGUGUACGGCUUUGCUGCUGCCGGCGCUCGGGGUGGAGGGGGAUGGCGCCGCUGCUGCCGGCGCUGCGGAUGGGUAUGCUGGCCCGUUUGUCGAGAUGCCGCUGCUGUUGAUGCGCAUGCCUGCGCUGCUUAGGCCUGUUGUGAUUGACUUCCUCUGUACCACGUUUGACUGCCGGGUUAGCCCGCUGCGCCUGGGCACGAGGAGCUUGGUUGCGGGCCUGGAGCGGUGGAUGGGGGCGUCGGCGGGCGGGGUGGUGGAUAAGGAUGUCGUGCUUGGACUGGGAUUCUCGGCGCCAGUGGUGGAAGCUGGGGAUAUGGGUAAGGACGAGGCCGCCGAGGCGGGCCGGGCGGGACUGGGCCUCAGGGCCGUGGACGUCAUCGUCUCGGCGGCGGAGCUGGACCGCUUCUGCUCGGCGGGCGAGAGAGUAGCCGGGGAGCCGGCUCGUGAAGCAUCCAGGCGCAAGGCCGGCUGGGAGGAGGACCCGGCGAAGCGGAGGAGGCUUGCGGGGAGGCUGUACGAGGAGGGAUGGGAGUGGCGACGGGGUGGGGAUGGUGGUGGCGGGCGGACGGGGGCGGGACAGCCGUUCGUGGAGGCGCUUGGGUGGUACCUCGAUCGACACCUCGCGCUUAACCUGUUUGAUCCGCGGGUGAGGGUCACGAGGAUCGCGUGCGGGGGGUUCGUCAUGUCCGAAGGCAGGGUCAAAAUCUUUGCGCCCGAGAGGGGCGGUGAUGCGGCGAUGUCGGUGGAGCGUCGGAUGGGGGCUGUGGUGGAUCUGCUUGGGAUUCUGUUGGAGAAGGCGGCGGGGAGGGCGGCGGAAGAGGUGACGCCUGUCUAAGACUGGCGAGGGAUGCUAGGGGAGGACGAUGUUGGGAAAGUCUCAGCAGGUGCUGACCACCCUGUCAGGUUGUCGGUUUAUCAAGUCCUGGCUCAGUCGCUAUGAUACUGGGACGGCGUUAUUUAGGGGGGAUAUCCGCUGAAGUCACAGGAAUGGCUUCAGUAAUGCUGUUUUCAAAAGGUGGAAAUUGUAAGAGCUUCUGUAAGAGAAUGGGCACCAUAUUUUGCCCAACAAUGGAUAUCUCUACGAGUU